GUAGAAAUCGGCCAGGACCGCUGGGAACUGAACGAGCGACUGCAACAGGACUCCGAGCAUGGAGCCUAUAACGUCGUGGAGCGAGGAGAGAGUGAGCAAGUGGCUCCAAGGUUUGGAUGCCCCACUGCAUCAGUAUCCAGUUGCACAGUGGCAUCUAUCAGGUGUGGACCUGCUCCAGUUGACUUCUCAGGACCUGGAGGCGUUGGGAGUCCAUAAGAUUGGACACCAGGAGCUUAUACUGGAGGCUGUGGAGAAACUGUGCUCUCUGACGUAUGGUAUGGGCGGUGAGAACCUACGUGGUCUGAUAGAGAAGCACCGCGCUGUUGCUCACAGCCUACAGAUGGGCAUCCAGGGCCGCUGGCGCCUCAACAGCUACGACGGACGGCGCACUACCAAGCUGACUCCCACAAUUCUGCAUCUCGUAGUGGAACUUAUCGCCUCAGCCAAAGGCCUCUUCUCUUUGCUCAACAGAUAUCAAUAUUCCCAGCUCAAUACAUACACCACCACCAAGAACAUAUUCAGUUACUGCAAAGAGCUGGGAGACAUUGUGCACAAGAACAGCACUGGCUACGAAAAAGAAAAGGACAUCAUCUCUGUCUGCCGUCAGUUGGUGGCGGUUUGUGACGAGAUCCUGAACUGCUGCCCCGAAGCGCUCCUCAAUCACAGCGCUCAGCUGGAGAGUGUCGAACUGAUACCCGUGGCACCCGGUGAUCAGCUGGGCAUCGAGAUAACAUCCACCAACUCCAGCAACCACUACGUGACUGGAACUGCCGCUGAGCUCUCUACUGAUGCCUACGUGAAGGUCUUGGCUGGAGAUGAAGUGAUCCAAGUCAAUGAUCAAAUAGUGGUGGGCUGGAGCAGAGUUAACCUUGUGAAGAAGCUGCGUGAGAAUCCCAGUGGAGUGACUCUCAUCUUGAAGAAGAUCCCUGGAUCAGUGCGACGCAACAACUCAGCCCCGCUCAUCUCUACACAGAAAGAAGAAGAGGACAAGGAGGAGAAAUCAGAGGAGGAAGAAGAAAAGGACGAGGAAGAGGGUCCACGGCACUCAUUACUCGAGAGAGUGGCAGCAUCUGUCAGGUCCUUGUCUUUCACACGAGCUGUUCAGGGGCCAGAGGUGCAACAGCAGCCCAUGGGACAGGAAGAAUCUGAAAUAUCCUCAGUCAAGGAGCUUGAGGAAAAUCUGAGCCUCACUUCAUAUCAAAGCCGACAGGGGGCGCUUUUGGCACCAGCAGGAUCAGAGAGCUUGUCAGGUUCAAGGCUCUCACUAAAUCGCCUAAGAGACCGCUCGCCCUCCCCUCUAAGAACCAAACAGGAUAGAGCUAGCAUCAGUUCCUGCCCUGAUAUGGUGGGACACACGGGGAACAAGGAUGGUAAGAAGACCUCCACUAAAGGAAAGACGACGGCUAUGAGCCGGCGUCGUGUGUCCUGCCGUGACUUGAGUCACCCCGACUGCGACGGUUGGCUCUGGAAGAAAAGAAAGGAGAGCAGUGUCUUCAUUGCACAGAAGUGGCAACGGUUCUGGUUCGUGCUCAACGGGCCUCACAUUUACUGGUACAAGAGUCAACAGGAGGAGAAGGCAGAGGGGUUGCUCAACAUAUCCAGCUAUGGCAUAGAGAGCGCUGGAGAGCACAAGAGAAAAUACGUAUUCCAAAUGUGCCACCCGAAAUUUCAGAACUUUAUUUUCGCUGCGGACAAUGUCAAUGACAUGAGCAAAUGGAUAAACUGUCUGAUUACAGCCAUACAGAAGCACAAGAAGUUCAACAAAGGCCCAGAUAAUGAGGAAGAGUGUUACAGUGAAACUGAAUCAGAGAGCGAAUCAUCUCCUUCAUCCCGCAGGAAAAACAAGAAGGUACAGUCCAGCACCCUACCUCUCCCCAAGGGUAAGAACAGGGCGCCAUUACCCAGACCUACAACAGAGGGCAGCAAAGGAACAGAACCUGGUCAGGUAGAUGAGAUGGGCAUGAUGCUAAACAAUCUAAAGGAAGGGGGAGUUUCUCUGAUCGGCCACGAGCAGCCGUUCACGCACGACCACUUCAGGAAGUCAUUCAUUCGGCGCAACAAGAAUCCCAUCAUCAAUGAAAAGGCACUCACGCUCCGAGCUCUGCAAAGCACUCUAAAGGCCAAAGAAGUGGAGUUGCAGCAGAUCAACAAGAUCCUGGACGACUCCGAUCUGACACCUUCAAAGUACCGUCAGUGGAAGGAGAACAACGAGGAACUGUUCAAGGAAAUUGAAAAACUGGUCGCGCUCAAGGCCUCCAAAGCAGGGGACCAUGCACCUGAGCAGGACACGCCCACUGAGGAGGUUGCCCUAGAAACUGUUGCCAAGGAAACAACCGCUGCAGAGGCAGAAGGCGCAUAUAGACUAAGCUUUAGCGAUGGAGAGCAGUUAGUCGAUGCAGAGCCAUCUGAUGUUUUUCUGGAGAUGUCACAAGCGUCUCUGAGCACAGACAACAGCCCAGUAUUAGAACUCUCUCUCGGCUCGCUCCAGGAUUCAAUAAACAAACAGCUGAGUGAAAUGGCACAAAGUGGAGACACUUCAGAGAGCUACUUCUUCAUUUAAAGCCGCACCAGUUCAAAGUUGCUCUGUUUAAUAACAGUUAAUAAUGUCAGACAAAUGAAAGCUUUUCUUCAUGCAACAAUGUGAGACAGCGCAGAGGGUUUUUUUCAUUAGGAGUAGUUAAAAGUUGUAUUAAAAAUGGCCACAAAAUCAAACAUUUUUAAAUCAAACAUGUCAGUAAAAUACAUCAGUACAUACUUGUUUGUCUUUUUGUUUAUUAAACAAAUUUCGAUAAAUGACAAGUUUACAACAGCAAAGAGAACAUGAAAUUACCAAGUGUCACAGUCUCAGUUUGGUAUAUAUUUAUAUAAUUUUAAAAUUAUCAUUUUUCUUCUUCUGUGGCUAAAAACACCACCAAGUAUGACUUUGCUUGGAACUUGUGAUAUAAGUUGUACCUUUUGCAAUGUGAUAUGUAUGUACAGUUUUACUAUAAAUACUCUAUGUAUUUGUUUAUUGACGUUACCUUAAUAAAGGUCCAUGUGAAUAAUUUUGUACACAACUUUUACUCCAGAAACACUGCUAUUGCUCGUCUGGGUAAGUCCUUUUCAAACUCCCUUCAUGACCCUAAUGAGAACCUUUCACCACAAAUUAUAUAUUAAAUGAACUUAAACCUCCUAAGACCUGAACUCUUUCAUGGCAUGCAUUUUUAAUUUCUCUUUGCUAUUUGGGCUGAUUGAGACCUGUUGAAUGUAAAAACAAAGAAAUAUCUUUUUAUCUGAUUUUGCUCUUCAAGGGCCUGAUAUGCACCUAUGAGGUCAUUCGUUUUCAAUUUCGGUAGAACAGUGGCAGCAUAAUGUCCUCGUAAGUGGAUAUCAGGCCCUUGUAGAGCAAAAUUUUGUAUUGUGGUCUAGACAACCCAAAAUUUGGACACCAGGUCCUAGAUCCUAGGAGAAUAAAGAAGAGCUGCGUGACAGCCGAGUUUCACGAUUACCUGUUGCCUGGAUCUGCUGUAAAUGCACUAAGACCGAUGAUGUCUUCCUGAAUACUAAGACAUCCCAUGCGACCCUGCUGCUUUAAACUGUAACCUUCACUUGCUCAAUUAAAAAAAGAGAGUGUAACGAUCACUGAAGAGUGUUGUGAUGUUUUGUGAUUUCCCGCAACUGAGUGGGAGAUAACUGCCCAGACUUGGUAAAGUAGUGUGUCUGUGUUUCUAAAUGUGUGUGUCUGUCUUCAGUGCAUGAAUUUCACCCUGAGGAGGCUCCUUACACCCUCCUCUGUGUCUGAGACCUCUUUUAAGCUGUCCACUGACGUUCACUACUAAGUAGAUAAAAUGUUUAUUUAUGAGCUACUUGUUCUGUGCGAGCGGGUCUCAAAGACCUGCGUACUCAACCAUGAUGUGAAUUUCUCUCCUCUCCUGUGGUUGUUUGUUGCCAGCUGAAGCGAUUGAAUUGGUUAUUCACACAUCGGAUUGCGAUCUCUCCACGUGGCUCCAGGCGGCAUUCACAUCUAACAUCUAUUCACAUAAUGUUGCUUGGUUUAACUGCAGUGAACCUGUCUGCCUACAAUAUGUGAGAUGAUCACUCUGGCUCUCGGCCUCGUCUUAAGACAAAUAAUGUGAAUUUAUUUCCAUAUUAAACAUGUAAAUGUAUUUAGCUUGCAAAGUUAUCUUCAUAAGUGAAUUGCAUGUGCUCCUAUUUCCUGAUUUCUUUUUUCUUCAUGCCAGCAUAACCUACCUAA